CCCCUUGCAGCCCCUUCCUCCGACUCUCCCUCCAUCGACCCCGUUUGCGCUCCUAGACUGUCUCCUCCGCCCCGGCCUCGGCCCCGCCACUCUAGCCUCCGCUCCUCUCGUUGGUUCGUGCCGGGCCCUCACAGGAACGGUGGCGCUGUGCGCAGGUUCCGGCCUCCAGUGUGCCGCUGCAUUGGGGCCGCGCAGCUGGGCCGGGGCUGUCGCUCCGCUCGGGCUGGGUUCCGGAGACGCCGUCUCCCCAAGGGCAGGGUCCAGGCCGUGGGCCUGCGCUCGUGCCGAGCUGUUCUCCCCCAGGCCCGGCGCCCCCAUUCGGGUUCCAGGGCUCACACCCGCCCAAUCGAGGCCCCCCUCCGUUUUCUUUUUCCGGCCAAAAUAGGUUUUUCUUCCCCAGUGGUGUCCAGUGGCCUCGGAGCUGCAGAAACGUUCGGGUGAGCUUCUCCCAACAUUUAGAAAUGGGGCUCUGGAAACUGGGAGUCCUCGAGAGCUGCCCUUAAGACUUCAGGGCGCCGGCUUCUGCGUUCCUUCUUAACUUUCCCAAGUGUCUCCUCAAACUCACCGCCGCCCGAGGUGCCAUGGCACCCAAGCCAUGGGGUGAGUGGAGCAUGGCCCUGUCCCACCUGGCGCUGGGAGUGGUGUCUCUGCAUGCAGCCCUGAGCACUGCCCAGUGUACUAACGGUCACUUGAUGUGCGCUGGCUGUUUUAUCCACCUACUAGCAGAUGCCCGGCUGAAGGAGGAGCAGGCCACAUGCCCCAACUGUCGUUGUGAGAUCAGUAAGAGCCUCUGCUGCCGAAACCUGGCUGUGGAGAAAGCCGUGAGCGAGCUGCCCUCCGAGUGUGGCUUCUGCCUGCGCCAGUUUCCCCGCUCUCUCCUGGAGAGGCACCAGAAGGAAGAGUGCCAAGACAGGGUGACCCAGUGCAAGUAUAAGCGAAUUGGCUGCCCGUGGCACGGGCCCUUCCAUGAGCUGACUGUGCACGAGGCCGCCUGUGCCCACCCCACCAAGACGGGCAAUGAGCUGAUGGAGAUCCUGGAUGAGAUGGACCAGAGCCACCGCAAGGAGAUGCAGCUCUACAACAGCAUCUUUAGCCUGCUGAGCUUCGAGAAGAUCGGCUACACAGAGGUCCAGUUCCGGCCGUACCGCACGGACGACUUCAUCACGCGCCUGUACUACGAGACGCCACGGUUCACAGUGCUGAACCAGACGUGGGUCCUGAAGGCGCGAGUGAACGACUCAGAGCGCAACCCCAACCUGUCCUGCAAGCGCACGCUGUCCUUCCAGCUGCUGCUCAAGAGCAAGGUCACGGCACCCCUGGAAUGCUCCUUCCUGCUGCUCAAGGGCCCCUAUGACGACGUCAAGAUCAGCCCCGUCAUCUACCACUUUGUCUUCACCAACGAGAGCAACGAGACGGACUACGUUCCCCUACCCAUCGUGGACUCCGUGGAGUGCAACAAGCUGCUGGCCGCCAAGAACAUCAACCUGCGGCUCUUCCUCUUCCAGAUCCAGAAGUAGGCGCCGCUGCGCUGCCCACACCUGCCUGGCCGCGGCUUUGCAGUGCUGUCUGACCAUCUCAGCAGAGGAGGAACAGACGUGAACACGGGAAGUCUGCAUGCGUGUGCGAAGGUGUGAGCGCUCACCACCUGGCCCUCCACCUGCCUCCCUGUCCAGGGCACGGAGGCUGGUCCAGGGACACCGCAAGGCGAGCUCAGCAGACCUGCCGGCCUCUGCCACUCGGCGAAGCGCCCUGCCUGCCCUGGGCUGCACACAGCUCCUGGGCCGGGCUCGGGCGCUGGCUUCAGACAGCAUAUCUGAUUGCAAUUAAAAAGGCACCUUGUUUCCUACUUUCUGUUUUGUUCAAGGGUAAGGCGUGGCUGUGAUCGGACAGUGGGGAAACUUUGGUGGCCUGGGGGUCAGAGCCGCUCAUCCCUCAGUGUGCCCCUAGGAGACAGCGGAGAUGCUGCUUCCUCCGCCAUAGGCCCCAGCAGGGGAGUGGACAGGGGCAGGGGUCUCAGCGCACCCCCCAGCCACUCCAGGGAGGCAGGACUUGGCCACCUGGGCUUGCUGACGUUUCGGAAUGCAGGGUGAAAUUCUGUCUCUUCCCAGGAAAUAAAUGAAAUGCUUCACAGGCUCCUCUGUAAGUUAUGCAAAUUAGCAAGAGAGAAUCUCUCUUCUAUAUUCAGCAGUGAGGGCGCAACACCCUAGGCUGUGAGGAAAGCUCUGGGAGCCACUGGUGGUGAUGGAGCCUGGCUGGUGAGGGUCAGGUAAGCCAGCUGCCCCCAUGCGCUCGGGACCAGCUGCUAGUCCUGCGUCUGGGACCCACUGUGGAGGUCAGCGCCUGGGCAGCGUAGUUUCUCACUGGAGAGGUGGUCCCUUCCUAGCCUUGACUUUGGUGCACGCCCCCCCUCCCCCGCCACACACACACCCAGGCCCCACGACCCUGCAGCCCAGCUCCAGUGAGCAUGCCCGGUGUGUGGACCUCAGGGUAAAAGCAGCCCUGUCUGGAGGACCCUGGGGCCCUCAUAGCUACUGGAGAGCCCCCGCCCCCCGCCUUUGCUAAGGAGACACAGCUUUUCAUUGCUUCAAUACCAAAGAACUGUUUCCUUUGCCCCCGGCCAGGCCCAUCCUGCGCCUCAGAGCAGUCCUAUUGCUCUGCCCCGGCAGGGCUCGGUGGGCAGUGCAGCCACAGCUUGGCCUCUCUCUCAGGCUCCUCCCUUUCCUGGCCCUCCUCUUGGUUCUCCUGCCAGGCUGGCUCCCCAAGCUACUCUGAGGAAACUAUUUGGCUUCCUGCUCCAGCCUAGGGCAUGGGGUUUUUGGGGGUUGCUCGUCUGCAGAUGGCCUGGCCACUGAGGGGACCAGGAGGCGCUCUACAAAGGACCCCACUGCAGCCCCUCUACCCCCUUCGAUCUCAACUCGAACACACCCUUGGGUGAGUCCCACUGUCCUCGGGCUGCCCCCCACCUGGUGGGUGAAAAGGAGACAUUCAGGUAGAUGCAUGUCAGGUGUCCUGUGUAGGAGAUUGUGCUGUGUCCCUGCAUCUCGGCCUCUCUUGGGGACCGACACCCUCUCUUAGUUUCUGGAUUUCCAAGUGAUGGUGGUGUGAGGGCAUCCAGGCUGGGAUGGGGCCUCCCAGUUGUGCCUGGGUGGCUUGUGUGAGAUGGAGUCAACGAGGGCAGCCCCAGUGGCUUUCCUGGGGGCAGGGGGCAGGGUGGGAGAGGGCAGGCUUCUGUGCGCAGGUGAAGGAAGGUAUGUGGCUGCCUGGGACCAACAGCCUUGUGUGUGUGGCGGGAGGGUCCGCCCCAGGCGAGGGCUUAUAGCCCACAUUGCCCGCAGCCAAGGGUGGGUGAGGGAGUGGGACUGCGCCCAGGGCCCUCCUUGUGUGUAGGAGGUACGGGUGUGUCUGGGUUGCCCAAGAGGACUGCUAACACAUCCCAGCCCUGUGAUGUCACCUUGCAGCCUGGGGCAGCCAGGAACCCUGGUGAAUUUUAGCUCCCAUGGGGUUGCCACAAACCUGUGGCAUCAUCUAUCUGGGCCACUGAUUUACAGAGACACCAGUGUUCUGUCUCCAGGACCCCCUGCCAUCUUGGCAUCCUGACCUGAGCGGGUGGAGGGGCCACCUCUGCGGCUGUGGGGGCAGCCGGGCAGCGCAGACCCAGCUGCCUGCUCCUCAACCCCACUCCCUGCGAGCACUCCAUUCUCAGUUCACCCAAAGUGAGACAUUGCAAAAAUAAUAAAAAGUUUUUAAAGAGUGGCGUGAGAGGUGUUUUUACCACUGUUGGAAAUGACGUACAUGUCACUUUUGUGGUCUGCAUUUUCUUUGGAUAUUUUCUGUAUGUAACUGUAGUUUUAAAAAAAUUCCAAACCA